UACAAAGCAAUGUGCAGGAGCUGAUGGAAGAGAUCUGUAUUGUUUACAUACAGGUCUCUCCCCAUCGGUGAUACUUGACAAUCGCCAGGACCCAGUGAUCGACAGCUGAGGCCGCCAGUGGCGGCUUGGGUAGGGCAUGCGCGCACCCCCUACCCGGAAAUGCAAAAUUACGUGUAUAUAUACUUGAUUUCCAUUUUUGCAGCCAUUGAGAACUACUGUGUGAGCUGUGAUUGGGCACAGCUUGUCACAUGGUACAAGGCUGUUGUGAAUAGCCUUGUACCAUGUGAGCUCUGUGAUCAUUCACAGAUUUCACACGUA